CCCCCCCUCGCCUCGGCCCAGCCUCUGGGUACGAGCAGAGGGUUCCACUGUCCGCGGGACCUCAGCUCCUUGCUUCUCUACGGUGCCGGCUGCGCGGAGCCGGGAUGCCCUGCGCCUGCUGCGGGUCCUCACUAUGGAGACCAAACGCCUGGAAAUUCCCGGCAGCGUCCUGGAUGAUCUCUGCAGCCGAUUUAUUUUGCAUAUUCCCAGUGAGGAAAGAGACAAUGCAAUCCGAGUGUGCUUCCAGAUUGAACUCGCCCAUUGGUUUUACUUGGAUUUCUACAUGCAGAACACACCAGGAUUACCUCAGUGUGGGAUAAGAGACUUUGCCAAAGCUGUCUUCAGUCACUGUCCAUUUCUGCUGCCACAAGGUGAAGACGUGGAAAAGAUUCUGGAUGAAUGGAAGGAAUAUAAAAUGGGAGUACCAACUUAUGGUGCAAUUAUUCUCGAUGAGACACUGGAGAAUGUACUGCUGGUUCAGGGGUACCUGGCAAAGUCAGGUUGGGGAUUUCCAAAAGGAAAAGUAAAUAAAGAAGAAGCACCUCAUGACUGUGCAGCUAGAGAGGUCUUCGAGGAAACUGGUUUUGACAUAAAAGACUAUAUUUGUAAGGAUGAUUACAUUGAACUUCGAAUCAAUGACCAGCUUGCUCGCUUGUACAUCAUUCCAGGAGUUCCAAAAGACACAAAAUUUAACCCCAAAACCAGAAGAGAAAUUAGGAAUAUUGAGUGGUUCUCCAUUGAGAAGUUGCCAUGUCAUAGAAACGACAUGACUCCCAAGUCCAAGCUCGGCUUGGCGCCCAAUAAGUUUUUUAUGGCCAUCCCCUUUAUCAGACCACUACGGGACUGGCUGUCUCGAAGGUUCGGAGAUUCCUCUGACAGUGAUAAUGGUUUUUCCUCAGCUGGUAGCACACCAGCUAGACCCACCGUGGAAAAACUGAGUCGAACGAAAUUCCGCCACAGCCAGCAGCUGUUCCCUGAAGGUUCUCCUAGUGACCAAUGGGUAAAGCACAGGCAGCCGCUGCAACAGAAGCACAGUAACCACACGGAGGUGUCGGACCUUUGCAAAGCAAAGAAUCAAAAUAUGAGAGGAAAUGGCAGAAAACAGUAUCAAGAUUCACCUAAUCAAAAGAAGAGAGUGAACGGAAUUCACGGUCAGCCAACAAAGCAGCAGAAUCCUUUGAUGAAAUGUGAAAAGAAGCUCCAUCCACGAAAGCUUCAGGACAACUUUGAGACAGAUGCCGCAUGUGAUUUGCCUUGUUCUGGUGAAGACCCACUGGUAGAACAUGCUGAGGGACAUUCUGUAGCAUGCAAUGGACAUUGCAAAUUCCCAUUUUCAUCCAGAACCUUUCUGAGUUUCAAGUUUGACCAAAACGCUAUAAUGAAAAUCUUGGACCUUUGAUCCAGCAAGUGUAUUGCCGAAGUCCCAGUAUCUGAGACCUGUUGCAUGUGAGUGGGUGUCUCCUCGAGCCUUACCUUUCUCAGGUAUUUGAAAGAAAUGCAGGGAGGCAAUGUUUCUAAAGAGAUUUUCUGUACAGAAGAGAAACUAGAAAGAAACACAAGUUUGCACUGUAAGUGCAUUUAGAACUUUUUAUAUGGAUUUACCAUUUCAGUGUUUGGAACC